GCUGUUGCCAGGGAGACGGCUCACAACAGCCGGCGAAGCUGCGAUGGCUUCAAGUGUCCCGUCUGAGCUCGGACUCGACUCACUGCAGCCUCUCGAGACGGGCCGGUGAACAGCCGCGGGAGCUCCGGCCGCUCUCCCACUCCGACUCCUCUCUUCAGGAGCACUAACGCGAGGACUCGCCCGCAGUUUUGACCCAGAUAGGAGCCACUCGUCCACCGGAGGCGCGCGAGCGCGUUCAUGGCCACGGAGCGACUGAAGCUCGGAAAUAUCCUUUCUAGCGAGCAGACUUCACUCUUCCCCGCUUCCUUGUCUUCUCAAGUGACAGAUGAGAGAACGAGCAUCCAGGACCACCUCCUCUUCUUGCAGGAUAUGGCCCCUCAUUUGAGUGACUCCUCAUAAACAGAUCUUGGUUCCGGGGGGAGCUGAAGUAUAUGCUGCUGCAGCCAUGAUCACGUCCCACAUGAAUGGCUUCACACAAGAGGCCCCGGGUCAGGCCAAGAGCCACCGGGAGAGAGCCGUGGACUGUCCGGGGGAGGACGGCGGCGGCGGCCUGCUCCAUGCGGAGAGAAUCCAGCACUACCAGGAGGAGCUGAGGAAGAGGAGGGAGGAGGAUGGCAGGGGCAGACACGACAUCGACCCCAACGCCUCACUGAGGCUCAAGAAGCUGUCGCAGAACACCAAAGUGGGCAUUGACAAUCCCACCUUCGAGGGCAAAGACCUCCAGAGUUCCAUCGUCGAGGUGGAGGACCUGCUGGUGGCCCUGAAGGGCGUGCAGCACAGUCUGGACGACGCUCAGAGCCAGCUGGACGUGGAGCUUCUGCUACAGCUCUGUGCUAAAGAGGAGUUCCGGAGCGCCUACAUCAUAUUCAGCGCCGUGUCCCAGCAGAUGGAGCGCGCCAACCCCACUUCCCCGCUCACGUUACAAGCCCAGGACCUCUGCCUAGAGGUCCAGAAGAUUCUCCAGUCCAGCCAGCAGAAGGAUGGUCUGGAGCUCCGGUCACUGCUCACCAAUCCUCACCUCCAGGCGCUGAUGCAGGCUCACGACAGCGUGGCGGUGCAGGAGACCACAGAGGGCAGCGUGACCCAGUACCUCGGAGAGACCGUCAAAAUGGUCCGGCUGGAGAAGACCCGGGACACCCCGCUGGGGGCGACUGUCCGCAACGACAUGGACAGCGUGGUGGUCAGUCGCGUGGUGAAAGGAGGCGUAGCAGAGCGCAGUGGUCUGCUGAAUGAGGGAGACGAGAUCCUGGAGAUCAACGGCAUCUCUGUCCGAGGGAAGCACGUCAACGAGGUCCACGACUUGCUGGCUCAGAUGCAGGGAACGCUGACCUUCCUCCUCAUCCCCAGCACCCAGAUUAAACCGGCCGUCCACAGGCAGACGGUGACGCACGUGCGAGCCUACUUCGACUACGACCCCAGUGACGACCUCUUCGUGCCGUGCCGCGAACUGGGCCUCUCCUUCCAGAAGGGGGACCUGCUCCACGUCAUCAGCCAGGACGACCCUAACUGGUGGCAGGCGUACAGGGACGGGGACGAGGAGAACCAGCUGCUGGCCGGCCUGAUCCCAGGGAAGAACUUCCAGCAGCAGAGGGAGACUUUGAAGAAGACAGUGACAGACAGGAGUCGAGAGCAGCAGGGGAAGCCAUGGUACGGGAAGAAGAGCAAGAAGCAGCGGAAGAAGGCAGUGUCCAAGAACACCGACUGCGAGGAGGUCCUGACCUACGAGGAGAUGUCCCUCUACCAUCAGCCCGCCAACCGCAAGCGACCAAUCGCGCUCAUCGGCCCGACUAACAGCGGCCACGACGAGCUGCGGCGCAGGCUGCUGGCCAUCGAGCCCGACAAGUUCGCCGUGGCCGUCCCACACACGACAAGGAACCCCAGGAUACACGAGCGAAACGGCCGCGAGUACCACUUUGUGAGUCGCCCCGUGUUCGAGAACGAGCUGGCGGCGGGGAAGUUCGUCGAGUCAGGGGAGUACGAGAAGAACUUGUACGGCACCAGCAUCGACUCGGUCCGGCACGUGGUCAACAGUGGACGCAUCUGCCUGCUCAGCCUGCACACCAGGUCGCUCCUGGUGCUGAGAGCCUCCAACCUCAAACCCUUCGUCAUCUUCAUCGCGCCUCCGUCUCAGGAACGACUGCGCACUCUGCUGGCCACGGAGGGGAAAACACCCAAGCCCGAGGAGCUGAAGGAGAUCAUCGAGAAGGCCCGUGAGAUGGAGCAGAACUUCGGCCAUUUCUUCGACUCCACCCUGGUGAACUCGGAUCCCGACCAGGCGUUCCACGAGCUGCGGCGGCUCAUCGAGAAGCUGGACACGGAGCCUCAGUGGGUGCCCACCUCCUGGCUCUGCUGAAACUCAGGGACUUCCUCGUCUGUAGAGGAGGUGAACUUUGACCCAGGGACUCUUCUUUCUACUCCUUCUUCUGUUGUCUUUUUCCUCCGAGCUAGAGAGAUGACAUUAGCAGUUAUUUAUGAUUGUAAAUAUGUAUUUUCUAGACCAAGCGCUACCUACGGAACCAACCUCUCUCUUCCUGCAGUUGACGUCAGUAUUAUUUGUGGACGAGGUUGUGAAGAAUCAGAUGUGUUGUGCUGCAUAAAACACUUUAGUGGAGAUGGUCGUUGCUGCUUCAGCAGGAGUGUGAGGAACCACACUCUGUCAGUCUUCCAGACGAAGAAGAAGGUGAAGAAGCUGCUGCACUCAGCGUCAGGUUCUGAAUGUUCCUCUCUCCUCUCUUCACCUCAUUUCUGCUUCUUCUAUUAAAAACAUCACUGGCUGCACCAUCCUCAGCACCUUUCCUCACACACACUCACACACCGACCUCCCAAAAGAUUAUGACCACUUCCUCAGGCAACCCUGUUUGGAUACGAGAUUCAGCAGCUGCCUCCCCUGUCCGCCUGAGAUGGUCAUGAAACCAGUGUUGACCCCAGUGACCUCUGACCUUCACGAGCUCACCACUGUUGUCAUAAUGUUUGGGCUGAUUUUUGUACUUUCACAGUGAUUCACAGAGAGACGUCUGAUGUUCUGUCUUCACUCUCUGCUCUUCUCAUUUGAGACAACUUUUGAUUUAUUCAUACUUUGUCAGUUUAUUUCAGAUAUGAUUGCAGCAUCUUUAC